AUGGCACAAAUGGAGAACAUGGAAGACACCGCUGUCUCCUUCUCACAGGGGACUCGCAUGCUUUUCUACCUCCUGUCCCCCAACGAGACGUUGUUUGCAGAAGUAGAUCAGGUUCCGCGAUAUGUUCAACAGGCCACGCCAUUCUUUAUUGGAAUGAUCUUGUUGGAGGUAUUGCUGGGCUGGCUGAAGACUGGAGACCUUAUAGUCAAAGUUAAUGAUGGGACGACAUCUCUGUCAGCAGGCAUGAUGUCCCGACUCCCUGAGCUCUUUGUGAGAAGUCUAGAGAUUUCCAGUUACAUAUAUAUUUGGAACAACUUCCACAUAUUGGAGUUACCCUGGGACUCAGCGUGGACUUGGUGGCUGGCAUUUCUAGGUGUGGACUUUGGAUACUACUGGGUUCAUCGAUGCAGCCAUGAACUUAAUAUCCUGUGGGCUGCUCAUCAAGUUCAUCACAGCUCUGAGUACUACAACCUGACCACAGCGCUCCGGCAGUCUGUAACACAGCAGUUUGCUUCAUGGGUGUUCUACCUCCCCAUGGCAUUAAUAGUUCCACCGUCAGUCUUUGCUGUACACAUUCAGUUUAAUUUGCUCUAUCAGUUUUGGAUCCACACUGAGCUCGUCAGGGAUCUUGGCCCUCUGGAGUGGAUCAUAAACACUCCGAGUCAUCACAGAGUUCAUCAUGGGAGAAACCCCUACUGUAUUGAUAAGAAUUACGGAGGAACUCUCAUUAUUUGGGACCGGAUGUUUGGAACCUUUGCUCCAGAAGACGAUAAAGUUAUCUAUGGACUCAUACACCCCAUCAAUACGUUUGACAUUCUGUCUGUUGAGUUUCAGUACUACAUAUACCUGUGGCAGCAGUUCUUCAGUGCUGAUGGUAUUACACACAAGCUGUCUGUCAUCGUUAAUGGACCAGGCUGGAGCCCGGGCAAACCAAGGCUGGGAGAUCAGGACGAUCUACCCAAGGUCACAGGAAAGCAGGUGCCAUACAAUCCACAAUGGUCUUCUACACUUCAAGCUUAUGUGCACGUGCAGUUCCUUCUUGUGCUGGUCGUUUACAACAACUUAUUUGCAACAGAACAUAUGCUGUCUCAAGCAACUGUGCUGCUUAUCACUGGAUACAUAUUACUCACACUUACCACCCUUGGGUACAUAAUGGACCAAAGUCCUAAUGCUGCUCUAUGGGAGAUGUCACGCUGCCUACUAAUGUUGGCACUUCACAGUUUUGGUUACAUCAGCACUAUGGUACCUCUACUGGACCUUGCAAUAAAGGUAACUGUCUUGGAUUCAGGUAGUGAGGGGUCAGGAAUCACAGGGACAUUCCAAGCUCUGCGUCUCUGUCUCUCAUUCUCUCGGAGGGAAACAGCUGGGGAACUCGGAGGAAACCUCAUUCUUUCCCAUCAGAGGAGACGAGUUGUGAUGGACAGGAUUUGCUUUUGGCCCGAGUUAAGAACACGGAUGCAGUUUAUGGUCUAG